AUGAAGCUUUCGUACAUCAUCGCCUUCGCCGCCGUUGCCGUCGCUUCGACUGCUAUGCCCGCCAACGCCGCCACGGGCUUGGCAACCAACAACGCGGCCGAGCUGCAGGUCGUUCGCCAGCUUGGCGCCGGCGGUGGCCUCCGUGGCAGCCAGCAGGGUGACCAGAACCAGAACCAGAACACGCCGAGCACCUCGCAGAACGACGGUAACAACAGCCAAAACGAUGGCAAGCAGGUGAAGCAGGACGAUGGCAAGCAGGAGAAGCAGGACAAUGGCAAGCAGGAGAAGCAGGACGACGGUAAGAAGAAGAAGGAAGACAAGGAAAAGAAGGAAAAGGAGAAAAAGGAGAAGAAGGAGAAGAAGGAGCAGGAAAAGAAGGAGAAGGAAGAAAAAAAGAAGCAGAAGGACGAUGACAAGUCCAAGAAGGACGGUGACAAAUCCAAGAAGGAUGACGACAAGUCUAAGAAGGACGGCGACAAGUCCAAGAAGGACGGUGACAAGUCCAAGAAGGACGAUGGCGACAAGAAGAAGGACAAGAAGGACGAUGGUGACAAGAAGAAGGACAAGAAGGACGACGGCGAUAAGAAGAAGGACAAGAAGGACGACGGCGAUAAGAAGAAGGACAACGGCGACAAGUCCCAAAAGCAGGGUGACCAGAACCAAUCUCAAAACCAGGGGGAGCAGAACCAAUCUCAAAAUCAGGGCGAACAGAACCAAUCUCAAAACCAGGGGGAACAGAACCAAUCCCAGAACCAAAAGCAGGGAGUGUAAAGCACUGCGGCGGGUAGUUGCUGGCACUAGCUCGAAAUCUAACCAACAUUUACCGGUAGAUACCACGUGUUGUACACAAAAGAUACUACGCUAGUGUAAAUACCAAUUCAAUCAACGUCCAUUCGU